AUGCUAACCAAAAAAAAUGGGAUGAAUGUGAAUUGGGACGAAUGUGAAUUGGAACGAAUCGAAUCAACUCGUGGGACGAAUGUGAAUUGGGACAAAUGUGGACUGGAACAAAUUGACUGUGAAUCCUCUGACUUGGUCUUAACUCCAGAAGAUGAAGACCUUAGUCUGAGUACUAAUAGUCUGGAUGACUUUAAUGGUUUUGAUUUAGCUCUGUUAUUUGAGCAUACAUCCCUGAGAGAGGCAGCUUCAAAAAUCAAAGACGAUGUUCCGGAAAAUGUUGUUCAGCAGCACCACAGUCACUUAGUGAGAUGGUUGGAAGACAGACAAACCAGAAAUGAGGAAGCUAUUUCUAUAUCUCAGUUCUGUGAUUUUCUUAUGAACCGUUCUGUUGGCAGAGAAGAAUGUAUCGAGGCUUUCAGUCAGUUUGAUACUGAAGGUGAUGGCAGUGCUGAUGUACAAACCAUGCUUGAUGCAUUGAAAUCAUCAAAUGGUGCUAAUUUGCAAGGUGAACUUAACUAUGUGAUAAGGACCCUGCAAGGAUGUUCAUUAACUCCAGCACUAGUUGAUGUCUAUUCCACAUCUAAUCAUGUAACAGGGCAUGGCCAGAAGCUACUUAAGUAUUUACUGAGGAACAGAGCUCCGAGUACUUGCCUUCCAUUUCCCUUACUAGAUGGUUUUAACAACACCUCAUCCAUGAGGCUAUCAGUCUUAAAGAAUCAUUUCAAAAAAUUAAGAGAGACAGUUCAAGAACAACAGGAAGCUGUGGGUAGCAGUGGUGAAGAAUUAAAAGUCAUUCACAAAUGUUUCCGAUCUAUAGAAACGUCUACUAAUAAAGGUGACGCUUCAAGGUUAACCAAUGGAGAUCCAAGUUCUUACUGGCAAUCAGACGGCUCUGCAAGAUCCCACUGGAUUAGAUUACGGAUGAAGAGUAACGUUGUAUUAAAACAGCUGUCAGUGAAUGUAGCCAGCAGUGAUCAGAGUUAUAUGCCACAAUUAAUGAGUGUGUCUGUCGGGAAAGCCCCAUCAGCAUUACAAGAAAUUAAAGAAGUCAGAAUACCUAACGUUACUGGGGACGUCGUGCUGAUUGAGAAUGCCAAGUUGAACUAUCCAUAUAUCCAGAUCAACAUAAAACGUUGUCAUAGUGAUGGGUGUGAUACAAGGGUACAUGGUGUCAAAACAUUAGGAUAUAGAAUGGUUCAAAGUGGUGGCAUUAGUGUGGCUGAUGCCUCAGCAGUUUGGUAUUUAUCAGUAUUAGCCUCAACAGCGACAGCAGCAAUUCCUACAGCCCCACAGUUGAGAUCCUCAAUAAUACAACAUACAAAGGCAGCGUUAUCUCAUAUGCCGCCUCUAUCACUGUCUUCUGCAUCAUCUGAUAGACCACCUUUCUUGACUCCACCAGUCUUAGAUGAAAUUGAGAGAUUCUUACAUACUGUGUCCCUAGAUUUAGAUGGCAAAGUGAGCUCUGAAGGUAUACAUGUUCUGCUAUCAUUUGCCUUGGCUAGAGGACAUGUACCAAGUAUGUUGAAAGCAUUGAAUUAUUUACAGGAAAAUGCUGAUGGUACUUUGGAAGUUGUGCCAUUGUUGAAAUCCCUCAAGAAUGUCAGAGAUAUGGUGUUGAAGAAAUACGGGAGUGUGUUGCAGUUAACACUGUGUAGCUGUGAUGGAGGUCAGAGAGAUAGUAAUUCUUCACCCAGUAAUGUUCUCACUGAUAACUGGUCAACAGAAGCCUACCUGUCUGAAAACAGUAAAACUAAAGUCAAUAUGAUCUUUACAAGUAAAGAUUCCGACUUGGUACAAGUCACAAGAAUAAGAAUAAAGGUUUACAAAGGUGGAAUUGGUCCAAAGUCUGGCUGUAUAUUUGUGUACAACUGCAAUGAUGAAUUCAACCAGCAAAAACAUCUUGAGCGAUUCAAGGCAUAUGAUUCCUGGACAGGAUCUGCAUACAAUUUUAUGAAUAAAAUGAGGAAUGCAUCUAUCAUAUCAAAGACAGAUAACCCUGUGGCUUACUUUACUCUUGAAGAUGACUGGGAUGAGGUGGACAUACCUGUGGAUUCUUGUCAAAUUGGUAAAUAUAUACUUAUAAAGCUUAUCGAACCAAGAAGUGAUUCAGCGGAACGACUUGGUAUCCUGGGAAUCAAACUGUACGGAUAUCAUCGAAGCUCAUCAGCUUUGGACAACAUGGACAUGGGUUCACUGGUUCAUAUUCCUGAUAGUCCUGAUAGUAUUGUACAAUGCAGUGUAGUCUUUUUAAAGAUUUUACAGUUUAUAGUAGAGAUGGGAAGAGACUUGGAGGAUAUACAGAAGAAGAAAGACAAGCAUUUGAAAGGUACUAGUUUAGAUCUGGCAGGAAUCUCCAUGUUUAUAAUAUCUAAUCUGCAUAAACAAAUACCAGACACAAGUGAGAGCAUAUGGCUGUAUUCUAAGGUUUUGACGCUAAGGUUGUUACAUCUGUGUUUGCCGCAGUUAAACAAAGAAAUACAGAAAGCUAAUGAAAUAAUCGGCAGUGAUUCCAGAGACAUAAAGGAAUCUACCAAAGAAGCAGCUAGGACUGAGCUGAAAUGUGCAGCUGAUAUGUUUGAUACUUUGCGUAAUAUCAUUGAUACAUCCAUGGAAAGUGAUGACGAUCCACCUACAACAUUGAGAUAUGAAGCUGCCAAAAUUGCUAUACUAGAUGGUGCUGCAGUGUUUUUUCCAAAUAAGGAAAGACGAAGACAAGAGCUGUUUAAUAUGAUGCAGUUUGUAAUGAAUCCACAGCAGACUUCAGCUUUUCUGACAUUCCGCUCUCUGUGUAGAUAUUACAGUAGUGUGGAUCCCAGUGGCUUACUUGCAUUGCCAACAUCACCACCAAAGGAGGACUUUGAUGUUGAACCUGUUCUCUCUGUAAUGGAAACACUCUUAUCUGUUGCUUUCAAAGAGUGUGAAUGCUUGUUGGCUGGGAAAGAACAGAAAGAUGCCUCAUCUAAUCUAGUCCAAUUAUUAUGUGCAUUACAAACAAGCUUGAUGUCAUGGUGCUGUGAGCAGUUACAGUCAGAGAAUACUAAACACAGACAGCCUGCUGUUGCUAUGAUACUCAGAUACACUGCCAUGCAUAGUGAGAAAUCAUGUACUGUACUGAAUAUUCUACAUAAAAUAGAUUCAGAUGAUAAAUCAGGUCUUGUAGCCAAACUAGAGAAUUCCUUCUUGGCAACGACACUAAGACAGUUGAUUCUUUCUCUCACAUUACUCAGUGACCAGCAUUUACCUUCUGUUCAACUGAUAACCAAUUUACAACCCGUUGCAGAGAACCUGAGAUGCAUCGCACCUGAAUUGCCAAAAAUAUUCCAUGAUGUGGACAGUAUAGCUUGGAAGAAUGUGAAUCAAGAAAGUGUAACUUUACGUACAUGGAAUAUUGAGUCUACACAUAAUUAUGAAAACAAUCUACACAUUACUCAGAUAUUCUACUGUCCCGGUGCCUCAUCUUUCCAUGUAGAAUUUGACUCCAGAUGUGAAACUGAGAAAAGAUAUGACUAUCUAGAGUUCACUGAUGCCCGAGGAGUCAAACAGAGAUUUGAUCAGAAGAUUGGCAGUGACAAGUGGCCGAAGUCAAUCAAAUUCAAAGGUGGACCCAGACUGCAAUUUCUCUUUCACUCGGAUAGUAGUAAUAAUGAAUGGGGAUAUAAAUUCACAGUGGCUGCUAAAGGUUGUCCUGAUGUCUCUCUAUCUUGGUUGUUUGAUCUACAACUUGGUCUUUCCAAAUUAUUUGGUAAACUUUGUGCUUCAACAAUGGACACAAGACAAGGGGUAGCUAAGAUUGCUACUACUGAGAGCAGUAAGUCAAUCGAUGGACAAGAUGAUGAUGAAUUAUCACUCUUAAGAAGUGAUAUCUGGAGCACAUUGUUUCGAGGUGGUUACAUGGUGGGAAAAAUUACAAGAUCACUAUCUGGAAACUUUGAGACCAGCUCAUCUGAGUCAGUUGUCAAUGCAUUUCUUACUAAUGUAGCCGAGGAGGAAGCAGGGUUGUCAACAGAACUGUUAAACAAAUGCCGUGUUCUACGUCCCUUACCCUCUAUGGGUGGUGCUAACAUUGAUACAGCCGUGAAAGCGGUAUUUGCCGCAGUAUUGUGGCAUACACAGGAACUCAGGGAGGAAAUUGACAAAUACAGUAUGUUUUUUUUCUUUUUAUUAUUUGAUCAACAUUCAACAGUGAUCUAUUUGAAGAGAAAAGAUGAUAUUUCUCACUUAUGUGUUUUGCUUUUACAUAUAAAAACAGAGGACAGAAAAAGUACUAAAUGCAACCUACUGUAA